CCCCGCCGGUAUGGGGGGUGUGGCUGCUUCGCCAGGGUCCUGCGGGUGGGAGAACGGCUCCGCGACCACCGGUUGCUGGAGCCCCUCCACCUUCUGCUAGAGAUGGUCUUCCUCUCGUUUCAUGCAGGCUCCUGGGAAAGCUGGUGCUGCUGCUUCCUGAUUCCAGCCGACAGACCUUGGGGCCGCGGGUGGCGCUGGCGGCUGGAGAUGGCGGACACGAGAUCCGUGCACGAAACCAGGUUUGAGGCGGCGGUGAAGGUGAUCCAGAGUUUGCCGAAAAACGGUUCAUUCCAGCCAACUAAUGAAAUGAUGCUCAAGUUCUAUAGCUUCUAUAAGCAGGCAACUGAAGGCCCCUGUAAACUAUCAAGACCUGCAUUCUGGGAUCCCAUUGGAAGAUAUAAAUGGGAUGCUUGGAAUUCAUUGGGUGAUAUGACCAAAGAGGAAGCCAUGAUUGCUUAUGUUGAAGAAAUGAAAAAGAUUCUUGAAACAAUGCCAAUGACUGAGAGCGUUGAAGAAUUGCUACAUGUCAUAGGUCCAUUUUAUGAAAUUGUAGAGGACAAAAAGAGUGGCAAAAGUUCUGAUUUAACUUCAGUCCGACUGGAGAAAAUCUCUAAAUACUUAGAAGAUCUUGGUAAUGUUCUGACUUCUCCUCCAAAUGCCAAAACUGUCAAUGGUAAAGCUGAAAGCAGUGAUAGUGGAGCUGAGUCUGAGGAAGAAGAGGCCCAAGAAGUGAAAGGAGCAGAACAAAGUGAUAAUGAUAAAAAAACGAUGAAGAAGUCCACAGAACAUAAAAAUUUGGAAAUCACUGUCACUAAUGGCUAUGAUACAGACAGCUUUGUUAAGGAUGUACAGAAUGAUAUCCAUGCCACUUCUUCCCUGAGUGACAGAAGCACUGAAGAAGUAAAACCUGUAGAUCAAAACUUGGAGCAAACUGGAAAAACUGCUGUCUGCGUUCACCAAGAUAUAAAUGAUGAUCAUAUUGAAGAUGUUUCAGGAAUUCAGCAUUUGACAAGUGAUUCAGACAGUGAAGUUUACUGUGAUUCCAUGGAGCAACUUGGACAGGAAGAGUCUUUAGAUAGCUUUACAUCAAACAAUGGACCAUUUCGAUAUUACUUGGGUGGUGAUCCCAAUAAGCCCUUGGAAAAUUCUGGUUUUCCUGAAGAUGUUCAAAUUUCUCCUGGAAAUGGCAACAUUGGAGAAAUGCAGGUGGUAGCAAUCGAAGGAAAAGGUGAAGUAAAGCAUGGAGGAGAAGAUGGCAGAAGUAACAGUGGAGCGCCACACCGUGAGAAACAGGGUGGGGAGCAUGAAGAAUUCUCUAAUGUCAGAAGAGGGAGAGGGCAUAGGAUGCAACAUUUGAACGAAGGAACCAAGGGUCGGCAAGUGGGAAGUGGAGGGGAUGGGGAACGCUGGGGUUCAGACAGAGGGACAAGAGGCAGCCUCAACGAGCAGAUUGCUCUUGUGCUCAUGCGACUGCAGGAGGACAUGCAGAACGUCCUUCAGAGACUUCAUAAACUGGAAACACUAACAGCUUCACAGGCAAAAUCAUCAACAUUACAGACUAGUAAUCUGCCUCCUUCACAGAGACCGUCUUGGUGGCCCUUUGAGAUGUCUCCUGGUGCAUUAACCUUUGCUAUCAUAUGGCCUUUUAUUGCCCAGUGGUUGGUGUAUUUAUAUUAUCAAAGAAGGAGAAGGAAAUUGGUUUUCACUUUCUUUUUAAAGAAAACUGAACUGAAGAAAAUGGUACUUUACCCAAGAAGACUACUGGGCCUGGAUGACCUUGGAAUGAAAUGGACUGUGGAGCUCACAAGAAAAUCCUAGUUUGUGAUUAUUACAUUUCUUUUUGUUGUCCAAAAGUUUGUUGUUUGGUUUGUGUACAUACAUACAUAUAUAUAUUUUGCACUACACAAAUGAUAACAUUUUAAGGACUAAUAUUGCUGAUACUUGAAUAAUCAAUCUCAACUAGGUUGUAAGUAGCAUAUAUAGAUUUACCUUACCCUUGAACCUGAACGACAUUAAAUUAUUAAUUAUUGUUUGGUAACAUGUUUACCUGAUUAGCUUCCAUAGAGAAAUAUAAGCUGCUUAGGUACAGUAGUAAUAAUGAGAUCAGAUUUAUAACUGGGUAUUUUUAAUUUUUUAAAUUAAAUAUGAGAAUGAAUGCAAACCAGGAGUGAAUUUCAAGUUAGAUUAAAUUGAUUUUAUAUCUUAGUCACUGAAUUGCCAUGUCAAGGAGUAGAAAACUUCUAUAAUCUUUGUUGGGUAUUCACAACUCUGACUUUAGUGUUCAAACAACGUUAUUAUAAACUAGAGCCCUAUAUACGAGGCUUAGUUUUCAGAAAUGAUUCACAGAACAGACAUAACCUACUGAUGGAAAAGAUGAAGAAUGGGCUUGAAGUAGGUUUGAAAGUUUAUUCUGAGCCUGCAGAUCAUUAAUAAGAUUUUUAAUAAAUUCUAUACGUUAUUCCUUUGUAAUCAUUUGUCUUUAACUGAGGAUAUCGUUUUUCUGCUUCAUCAGGUGCUUUGAAAUAUAAAAUAAAACCACUUAUUUAUACUGUUUUUACAAAGGUCUAAAAGGAUACACAUGAAAAUUACUUUUCUGCAACUGGUAAACUACACAGCCUGGACUCUUAACCUCUUAGUGCCUCAGUUUUUCCUUCGGGGUAUAAUAUUUGAGAAAUACCUGUUUCCCAGGGAUAUGAAACUGAUUUGCAAGGUGGCAGGCUGUGUGCUUCCAUAUGAGUAAGGCACACUCAGUUAACGUACAUUCACGUUUCUCUCCCCCACCUCCCACAUUUCAACUAAAAAGACUGUAAUUUAGAUCCUUGAAGGCUUUGUUUGGAAUUAUUUUUAGAUGUACUUUGUACUUUAAAGGUAUCUCUGAUUCAGAGGCUAAGUAGCAAAUGUUUUAAGCAUUCUUGGUACGUAUGAUAUUGGGUUUAGCAUCACAUGUUCAGUGUUUGCAGUUACAGAGAAAGUAAACCGUCUCCUGUAUGGAGGGUGGUUCUUCGUUUGCCUGAGGAAAAAUGUGUAAGAAUACAAUUUGCUUUUCUCAAGACUCUUUUUUCUUAAUUUUUUCUUUCAUGUAAGUUGAUGUUUUUAUUUUUUACUUCCAUCCUGAUUAAAAUAUGUCCAUAUAGAGGGGUCUACUAAUACAAGUUUUUAGAAACUCCUCUUAUUUAGGAAAACAUUUAAAGUUUAGACCUGUGGAUCAGGGAUUAUUUUCAAAAAUUAGAUAUCAAUCUGGUAUCAAAAUGGUGGCUUUUCUCUUAGUAUAUAAAGAAAUAAAAUGCAAAUUAAGAAUGUAAGCAGUUGUGAUUCAUUACAAGCAGUUAGGGGUUACUAACUCCUCGGGUUAACUAUUUGUAUCCUAUUCUACAGUCUUAUUUUAUAGUUUGAAAAGCACUUUGCACACAGUUCUUGUAUAUAUGAAUAAAGAUGUAAUUAUAGGAUAUAAUGUUACUGCUUUGUUUAACAUGAAUCUCAUUUAAAAUUUUAAAUUGACAGCUAUGG